AUGAUUGCGCUCUUGUUGACUUUCCUGGCAGUGUCACAGCUAUGUCUGGCGCAUGGCUCACGCUCAGAUGAUCUAAGCAACAUCAAAGACUGGGCUACCCGGCAUAUGGUAGAGGAACAUCAUAUCUCCGAUUUUGAUGCUGGUUCCUUUUUCAUGCUUCAUGACUACGACAGCUCAGGGGCAUGGACAAUUGACGAAGUUCGCAGAACUUACGGGCUUGACGACGAUUCGAAUGCCAGCCUCUCGGAGCAGCGCAAGCAGGAGAUUCUUAAGGAAAUAUUCACCAUUUUUGACCCAAAUCAUACGGGAGUUAUAUCGCACAACGAAUGGAUGCUCCUGUCUCGUGAAGGAAAGAAGCUGCCGGACUUUGACACAGGCCCAGGGCAUCAUGGCGACUUGGAGUACGAAUAUGAAAUACAUCAUUUCGAAAAGUAUCACGGCGAAGGUGCGACAGAAGAGGACCUCACGCAUCCCGAGGACAUCGAGCACUUUCGACAACAUGACCAUGCAGAAAAUGCUCAGGUUCAGCUCGACAUAAUGGAACAAAUGGCCAUCGUUGAAACUAAUAUACCAGCCAAGUUCCUCAAGAGCCCAUCUGCAUAG